AUGAAUCCGAAUUAUACAUAUCAUGAGGCGCCUCAGAGCCAACUCAGCCAAUUUCAAUAUGCCACCCCAAGUCCACUUCCGGUCCCAACACAGUCCACACCACCGUCAAGGACGCCAUUAAGACCCCCAUCGGAGACGCCCUCUCAAAUCGUCAAGCGUAGAAGCACAGUCGCUUGUAAACGGUGCAGGCGCCUUCGCUCCAAAUGUGUUCACGAGACGAACAACCCCCCUUGCGAGGCGUGUCGAGACGCCGGAGUAUCUCAUGAGUGCUCGUUCCCCCUGCGCGGGGACAAGGAUGUGGACCGGGCCUUUCGCAGACGACCAGGCCCAGCCGCUUCGUCCCCAAGAAAUCCAGGUCCAGUUCAAGGGGCUGCUGGCGGAACUGGGACAUUCAACUUCACACGGCCGAUAGCUCCAGCCGCGCACAUGCAAGUGGAUCGGGAGCGGCAAAGGACCCCAGUGGGCCCCUCGAUUGAUGUAUCCUUGGGUCUCCCAACACCCGGGAUGGACCGUGACGAUGUCUUGCCGCCACCUGGGGAAGUCCUAGAGGGGUGCAACGUCUUUGUCACAUCUUACUUCCAGCUAGGCUUCAUCCCGAAGACCAUCUUUCUAGAAAGCCUUAAACAAGACCCAAACUCGGCGAGUCCAUUCCUUUUGGCAUGUAUCCUGUCCAUAUCUGCACGUUUCACACCUUCCUUGGUCCAGAGAUAUGGAAAUCCUAAAAACGCCACGGAUCACUUCUUGGAAGCUGCCAAGGCUAUGGUUCCCUCGGAGAUGUACCAGCCAUCUCUCGCACGCAUCCAAGCUUUUUUUCUGCUAGCUAUAUCUCAGUGGGGAAAUGGGAACCAUGAGAGGUCCAGCAUGGAUAUGGGGAUCGCUGUGAGGAUGGCUUCCAUUCUGAAACUUCACCGCGAGGAGACAUAUUACGUGGACCAGAAUAGCUCGACGAACCAGGUGAUCCGCUCUGAGAGUGCUCGGCGCGUCUUCUGGAUGAUACAGAGCCAGGAAAAUCUCCAUUCUGGGUAUAACACUCCAGCUCCGUUACCACUUGAGACCAUCACCACGCUGCUUCCGUGUAACGAGGUAGACUUUGCUUUUGGCACUAUACCCGUUGAACGAUCUGCCCUGUCAGGUACGCCUCCUGCUCUGAUAGAUCCAAACCUUGUCUAUUCUCCAUCAAGAUGCCUGUUCGCAACCUUGAUACAGGUUCACGGUCUCUGGGGCAGCGUGGCCAGGAGGGCACGUCGGUCGGAUCAAGUCAUGUGCAGAGUCCCGCCAUGGGAUAACCAGAGCGAGCUCCAGAAACUAACGCUCGAAUUGUACAACUGGGAAGUUACUCUGCCCGUCAGGCAUACCUUUUCUAUGGCGAACUUGAGGGGCUGGAAGGGAGAGUCUCUACAUUUGGCAUAUCUAUCUGUUACCAUGGUCCUCCGUCUCUCCAACAUCGUCAUUCGUCGUAUUUACCUCGAGGAUAUGCUAGCUGAGCUCAGUCCAAGUAAUGGCAGCCAAACUUUGGAGCCUGAGUCACCGACAAUGGGUAAUGCAAAUGACAGCAGAAGACCGCGUCUAGGCUCAAGUCCAUUUUCCGAGGGGGGACAGCCCUACAUCGAGCCAACAUACGGGGGUUCACCUCCAGGGUUCUGGAAAGGCAUCGCGGAAAUACUCUUCAAGGAUGUAUGGGAACUCCACGAACAGAUAGACGCCUACUUCAAAAUGCGCUCCCCCGACGAAGGAUUCCCCCAGAUCCUCGUUUUCUGCGUGUACAUGUGUGGCUCUCUCAGCUCCCACCUGAUGCGAUAUCCCGCCCUCUGCCCAAGGAUCGCAGCGAACGGCCUAGCAGAGAGGAUGGCCGAAAGGAGUUUAGAAGUGCUCACUGAGCUUCAUGCCGCCUGGCCAACGAGCUCGAAGUGGCAGAGGGGGCUCCAACACAUCGCCACUCCUGUACAGAAUAUGAGCCCUUGCACAGAUGGCGAAACGCCUCAGCAGCACCCAUUCAACACGACCCCUGGAUCUAUGAAUAGUGAUGUGAACAGGACGUCUGUGCCGCCCAUGUUACAAACAUUUGCCCCAGAUCAUUUUCAGCAACAAGGGCCGGGAGCUGGAUAUCAGACAUCGGUCCAGAAGCCUGAUGGAAUGCUGGGUGAACUGUUCAACGCGCUUCCCCCGGAUAAUCAGCUGUCCAAGCUUGGCAAGGCCCCGACUAACUCACUUCCAAACGAGCUCUUAGAAAUGGAGAUGAAUGCAUUCCUUCAAGGUGGUUUCCAUGGCGGUCCUAGUGAGGGUUGGUUGAGUGGUGCUAACUUCUUGGGGGACUGA